UUUGAACUGCAUAGCUUCUUUAAUCAAUGAAUGUAAUUGAGAUCAUAAACCUUUUUUAUUGAUGAUUCUUAGCAGUGUUGUCUAGUUGGCUAUAGCGUAACGGAAUUUGAACUAUAUGCUAUUUAGUAGAAAGUGUUGUCGAAUAGCGGCGCUAUAGCACUAUAGCAUAGCCGAGUUUGAACAAACCACUAUUUUCUGCUAUCAGCGAUUGACAACACUAAUUUUGAGUACUGUGAUAUACAAAUUUCAGGUUUUGAAGUGUUAUUUGGGUUAUAAGACACAACAAAGGGAAUUACUUUGAGAAGUAUCUUUGAUAUGACCUAGUAAUGAAUUCCCCCCCAUCUGAUAUCAUUAUUCUACCCAGAGAAUUGGGUAGUCCCGAUGACAUUUUCGAUGGAUUUGAAAGAAGAAAUGGACAUUCAAUAAACGCUCAUGGUGAGGUGGAAGCUACACAUCGAUCGGUUUUGGUUCAAUGGUUAAAUAAUCUUCUCCCUUCGUUGGAAUUCUCGCCAAAUGUUACUGAUGGUGAAUUAAGAGCAAGCUUGAGCAAUGGUACAGUUUUGUGCCAGAUACUAAACAAACUACGACCCGGUUCCGUGACUAUGGUCAGUGAAUCUGAUCAAUCACUGCCAUCACAAUCAGAAAACAUUAAAACGUUUCUCAGAACUUUGGAUGCAUUGGGGUUGCCUCGGUUCGAAAUAUCAGACCUAGAGAAGGGAUCUAUGAAGCCUGUUGUGAAUUGUCUUUUAAUACUCAGAGCGAAAACUUUGACAAAUUCUUUGGGAGAUACUUUCUCUUCAACUAAUUCCAAUGCAUCAAGCCCUCGUGGGUUUGGAGCUUCGAGUUUUCAUAAUUCACCACCAUCAAGUGUGGAUCAGAGGAAGGUUUCAACUGAGUCAAGGUUUCAAGAAACAUCAGCUUCAUUAAUAUACCAAGUUGGUCAUAAAUUCCACGAGGUUUUUCAAAUUAAACCUGGUAGCUAUGCAGAUCUUCCUGCGUCAAAAAUAUCAGAAAUGAUGAAAUCAAAUAGUUUAGAUAACGCUCCGACACAGUCACUACUAAGUGUUGUCAAUGGUAUUCUUGAAGAAAGCGUCGAAAAAAGAAAUGGAGAAAUACCUCAUAGGGUGGCAUGCUUGUUGAGAAAGGUUUCACAGGAGAUUGAACGGCGGAUAUCGACUCAAGCAGAACAUAUACGAACGCAAAGCAAUCUUUUUAAAGCUCGGGAAGAAAAAUAUCAAUCGAGAAUAAGAGUACUCGAGGCACUUGCAUCAGAAACUAGAGAAGAGAAUGAGUUUUUUGUUUAUCAGACCGAAGUUUGGCAACAGAUGUUUACCACCCAGCUUCAACAGUUGAAGGUCACAGACGUAGAAAAGAAGGAAAACGAAAAAGAAGUAGUUAGGUUGACGAAACUGCUAGAGGAAAAAAACGUAGAAAUUUCAGAAUUGACGCAACAAUUGGAAGAAAUAAAAAAACAAUAUGAAGCACAAUGCUCACAGUUGGAAGAAGAAGCUAGGGAUGCUAAAGAAGAAUUGAGACAAAAGUCUCAUGAAUAUGAGCAUCGAUUAGAAGAAUUGAGGAGCGAGGCUAAGGAACUUGAGGCUUCUUCGGAUUCAAAAUAUCAGGAGUGGAACAAGAAAAAGAACCAAUUGCAGACUGUUCUAAAUUUUCAAUCUAGUUCCCUACAGAAAUUUAAAUUGUCUUGGGAAUCCAUUAAGCAAGAUGUUAUGAAAGGGAGAACAGUUUAUGCAGAAGAGUGUAAUCGAUUAAGCUUAAAUCUCAAACCACUCAUACAUGCAUCUCAGAACUAUCAAGCUGUCAUUGCUGAAAAUAGAAAAUUGUUUAAUGAAGUUCAAGAACUAAAAGGAAAUAUAAGAGUAUUUUGUCGAAUUAGACCGUGCCUUUUUAGCAAAAAGGAAAAACAGUCCAUUGUAGAAAACAUCGGUGAAAGUGAUUUGGUUGUGGCGAAUCCCUCAAAAGAAGGGAAAGAUGCACAUCGAUCAUUUAAGUUCAACAAGAUUUUCGGUCCUACCGCAACUCAAGGAGACGUAUACGCUGACAUUCAUCCUUUUGUAAGAUCAGUACUUGAUGGAUACAAUGUAUGUAUGUUCGCUUAUGGCCAAACUGGUUCAGGAAAAACUUACACAAUGAUGGGUCCAAAUGGAGCAACAAGCGAGAAUCUCGGUGUUAAUUAUCGAGCUCUAAAUGACCUCUUCAUGAUUUCCACAAGUAGAUCAAACUUCACAGAAUAUGAGAUUUGGGUCCAAAUGGUUGAGAUAUAUAACGAGCAAGUUCGUGACUUGUUGUCAACCGAGGGUUCUCCAAAAAAACUUGGGAUAUUGACUCAAUUGCAAUCCAACGGUAUAGCAGUACCAGAAGCUAGCAUGUACCCCGUAAAAUCACCGUCAGAUGUCAUUAAGUUGAUGGAUACUGGCCUUAAAAAUAGAGCUAUCGGUGCGACUGCUAUGAACGAAAGAAGUAGCCGUUCUCACAGUGUGGUCUCAAUUCAUGUUAGCGGGAAGGAAUUCAAGUCAGGUUCUACUCUGUAUGGUAAUCUUCAUUUGGUAGAUUUGGCAGGAAGUGAAAGAGUAGAUCGGUCUGAAGUAACCGGAGAUCGGCUUAAGGAAGCACAACAUAUUAACAAAUCUCUUGCUGCCCUCGGAGAUGUCAUUUUUGCCCUUUCACAAAAGAGCUCACAUAUACCAUAUAGAAACAGCAAGCUUACUCAACUCCUGCAAACUUCUCUCGGCGGUCAAGCAAAAACUCUCAUGUUUGUCCAAAUUAACUCGGAUGUGAGUUCAUAUUCUGAAACUCUGAGCACUUUAAAGUUUGCUGAGAGAGUUUCAUCAAUUGAACUAGGCGCUGCUCGAAAUAAUAAGGAGGCAAGAGAAUUAAUGGAACAGGUGAAUUCUAUGAAGACCACUAUUGUGAAAAAAGACGAGGAGAUUGAGCGGCUUAAAUCGCUAAGUGCAUCAGUCGGUGGUACUCCUAAGCAAAUUCAAAAACUACCAAGUAUAAGUUUUAAGCAUCCUGUUGAAGGUGAUAUCCAACAAGCAAUGGAUGAUCAUAUACAGAAAAAUGAACUUCUACGUUCAUCUGGAAAUUCUAAGCGAGAAACUCCUCGAGGAUUUUCAGAUACAAGUUUUCAAGAAAGAUCAAGUGAUUUUUCUGACAAUAAUAGCAUUUCUCUAGCCACAGAAACUGAUGGUUCUUCUGAAAAUUCUGUCACGCCGAGUGAAGCUAAAAAAUCUUCAACUAAGAAGCCUAGUGCAUUGUCCAAAACAUAUCAAGCGGUAAGGAAAUUAGGCCGAAUCUCAUCUACCACGUCUAUAUCAAAAACAAAGGAAUCCUCGAAGGAAUCCUCAAAGGAAUCCUCGAAGGAAUCCUCAAAGGAAUCCUCGAAGAAACCAUCAGGUAUCGCGAAAAGCACGAGUAUUGACCAACUUAAAUCUUCAAAAUCAAAACGGUGGCUUUAGGAGGGAGUAGCUACAAUUAAACGGCGGAGUCUUCACAAUUUGAUAUGUGCCAUGUAAAUAUGAAAUCAGAUUCCACGCAAUAAAUGUGUGGCGGAGUUAUUGGUCAUGGUUGUUCGAUCUCAAACUAACGGCGAAGAUUACUUGAAGAUGUUUUGGUGAAGGCGUAAUAUGAGCUGAUGGA